GUUAGUUUGUUGUUGCCCGUUGCAGUGAUCGCUUUCGACAGACGAACGAACGAGAAAGGAUAUAAACACAGCUAAUUAAUUGCACGCUGCGUUUUAGCGUCGCUGCAACAAUCGCAGGAUGAUGAUGGAAGUUGAUCCCGACGAGGAGCAGCAACAAGAGACGAAUACGUCCAUCUAUGAAGAUACCCUAGACUUUGGCUACUACAACAUGGCACACGGCAUGCUGAUCGACAUUGAGGAGGAGCUGCGUGAAAAGUUUCCCAAUGAGGAACGCGUUCGCUUCUCCCAAUUGAACACAUUAUAUUUGGCAGCUCGCAGCAACCAUAUGAUGAGAUUUGUAGAGGCCCUCAACACGAUCAAUUCGCAACAAAUGCAAACGCAUUUGGUAAACACAAACUUUGAUCAACCCGAUGGUCAGUCCCUUACCCCGCUGACCAUGGCCGCAAUGUCCGGCAAUGUGACAUUCGUGAAGACGCUACUCUCGCACUACGAUGUGGAUCUGGAGCGCGAGUGCAAUGUCAUCUUCGAUGGACUGGUCGUUUAUGGGGCAACAGCACUGUGGGUAGCCGCUGGCAUGGGGCAUCUGCAAAUUGUCAAAAUGCUUGUGCAGGCAGGCGCCUCUAUCAAUCACAAUACCAAGGCGCAGUCUUCUCCGCUGCGUGCCGCCUGCUACGAAGGUCGAUUGGACAUUGUGGAGUUUCUGAUCGAGCAUGGCGCCGAUGUGAAUGCCACAAAUUUGUUCAACAACAACACGCUGAUGAUUGCCGCCUACAAGGGACAUCAUUUGGUCGUCAACACGCUGUUGCAGAACGGUUCACGACCCAAUGAUCAGGCACUGUGUGGCGCCACGGCGUUGCACUAUGCCGCAGAGAGCGGACAUCUGGAUGUGGUGAUGGCAUUGCUGGAUCAUGGUGCCACACUGCAGCUAAAUGAGGCUGGCAUCUCGCCAGCGUUGCAGGCUGCCGAACGAUUGCACGAGGAUGUGGUCGAGGCAUUCAUACAGCGUCCCGGGCUAAUGAGCAAGGAGGAGCAGAUCACAGCGCUGGAGCUGCUUGGUGCUACCUAUGCCAAUGACAAGACCAAAUACGAUGUGCAACGUGCACACAGCUACUUGAUGCGUGCCAUGCAACUUCGCUACAGCGAUGCGCGGCAUGUGGUCCGCAAGAAAGUGCAACAACCGGUGCCCGCCUAUGACAGCUGGUUUGAGACCGAAACCCUGCCCGAACUGAAUGCCAUCAAGCUCAACCAUCACUCCAUACACAUGGAGUCGCUGGCCAUACGCGAGCGUGUGCUGGGCAAGAACAAUCCGGAGCUGCCACAAGCCAUCAUAUAUCGCGGUGCCGUUAUGGCGGAUCAGGGACGCUUCGAGCAGUGUCAAGUGCUGUGGAACUACGCCAUCGAUCUGCGCAUGCGCAACAAUGUCUCCGUUGAACGUGAUUUGCUGCGUUUCGCGCAGCUGUUUGCGCAAAUAUUGCGCGUAGAAAACCAUCGACUAACGCUGGAUCAAGUGCUGCCCGUGCUAUCGAAAUGCCAGCAGGAGAUUGAGAACAAUAAGCACAAGAUGCUCAACACCAAGCCAAACACAUGCGCCAGCCUGCUGCAGGAUCAGAACAAUCAGAACUGCAUCACAGCGUUGUAUUUAAUCAAAAUUGUCACACAGCUGGCACGUCGCAAGAAGGAUCAGGACAUCAAUGAGGAGCACAUACAGCAACUGUUUCUUGUUGUGCGCAAGUUCAUACAGCACGACACCCGCCUCCAAGAUGGUCAAACGCUGCUUCAUCUCGCCGUCAACGGCGUGACGCCCGUCGACGAAUUCUAUACCAACGAAAUUUGCAAAUUUCCCUGCUAUGCUACUGCUCUGGUGUUGGUGCACUGUGGCGCCUCCGUUGUAGCUGUGGAUGCUGCACGCAAUACGCCGCUGCACAUACUGGUGACCAAGAUAAACAGCUCACAGGAUCGCCAGGGCGAAAUGGCGCGCAUUUUGCAGCUGUUUGUGGAGGCAGGCGCACACUUGGAUGCGGUGAAUGCAGCUGGCCAGACAGCUGCCACGGCCUGCAAGCAAGUUAACUUGGCCAAUCUUUUGCAUGGUCAUCAGAACGCGCACACGAGUUUGAAGUGUCUUGCAGCACGCUCGAUUGCCACAAAUCGUUUGAACUUUAGGGGCAUGAUACCCACACAGCUGGAAGCUUUCAUCCAAAUGCACAGCGUGCACAAGGUGCUUACAUAGAUAGCCAAAAGAAAACAAAAAAAAAAAUGGAUUGACCACCGCAGGAGUCAAUGUCAAAACCUCUAACAAACUUAAGUCAUUAGGAACUGUGUAUAUUUUGGAGUCACCGCACAUAUGAAUGUUUAAAUGUGUAUCGAAUUUAGUGACUUAAGUUAGCCAAAUGCCAACAAUUUUUAUAUAUUUUACACACAACUCACACAUUGCGCACUCACACUUUGUUGAAAUUAUUUUGUUUUUAUUUUUUUAAUUUCAUUAUUUUUUCUUUUUCAUUCAUUAUUUAUUUAUUUUGCAACUCACACUUUGGACUGACUGUUUGUUUAUAAACAACAUAUGUAAAAUCAUUUUGUACAUUUUCUAUGUGUAUUAAUUAAUUAAUGUUAAUUGUAAUGCGGCGGCGGCGGCAUCGUUUAAAUCAAUUGAAUUGAUUUUGUUGCUCGACCCCAGAAAAACAAACAAACAAACACACACACACAACACAAAUGAAUAAAAUAUC